CGCCAGGAGGGAGGAGAGGAAGAGGAGGAGGAACAGGAGGGCCGCGCAGACCUCGGGGCAGGGAGCAGGCACAGGAAGCCUGCAGGACGCCCUCCCGGCAGGGAUUCCCUCUGGGCACAGCGGGGGCACUGGCUCCCCACUUGAGCGGCCACCCCAAGUAAUGUGACACUUGAAUCUCCAGGACAACCAACAACAAAAAAGCCGAGACAGCAGCUGGCUGUCAACAACCAGGAGCUCCGCUGCGCUGAGCAGAGGCACUCGGGGCGCAGCCGCGGGUCAGGAAAGACGCGUCCGCAAAGGAAGGAAGAGGUGUGAGCCCGGCUGGCCGGCGGAGGCAGGGAGGAGAGACUCGAGGCCCCUGGGCUGCCCUGCACCUGCGGCCGCCCCCCGCCGCACCUGACUCGCAGCCCAGGAGGCGCCCAGCAGGAACCCGGCGCAGCAUGGCAGCCAGCAAGCUCAUGCAGGAGAUACACUCCAUUGGGGACAGGCUGCUGCUCAAGCUGCAGAGGCUACCGCAGGCUGAGCCUGUGGAGAUCCUGGCCUUCUCCGUCCUGGUGGUUUUUACAGCCACCGUAGUGCUGCUGCUACUGAUUGCCUGCGGCUUCUGCUGCUGUCAGUACUGCUGGCCCAGGCGGAGAGGCAGGAGGACCCAGGUGGGACCCAUGACCCCACCCUGAGGGCCAGGGAGAUGGCCGAGAAGCUGGAGAGGAGACCACCGACGCCACGUCCCAGGUGUCAGCCUGGCCCCGCAGCCCUCGCCCCUCAAGACAAAGACCCACGGCUCAGCCCUGGCCGAGCCCAGGGACCCGGACGCUGACUGAGACCUGGAGCCUCAGCAAGGAAACGGGCUGUUUCGGCCACAGAACUCUCACCUGCAGGGCGCCCAGGAGGGAUUGAUGGUUUCGAAGACAGAAAACCACCAGGGAUUCUUUGCCGAUCUGCGCUUUUUAACAAAGCACAGAGCGUGGUCCCCGUACUUGGAGAAUAGCCCGCAUCUGUGGGGAGCUGGCCCUCGGAGGUCCCAUGCCAGAGAGGAGCAGGCCAAUUUGAGGGGCUCUGUGCAGGAGCUACUGGGUCCCAAGCGCCCCCCAGAGUGGGGAACAUGUCAGUGCUCUAUUCCAGGGUUUGCCUGCUUCUUUCCAGUGUUUGCCUGCUUCUUUCCAGUAAAGGCUUUCUGGUUA